UAAAAAACCUAGCCACCCGCCGCCGAGCGCCCCGUCCCCCUCGCUCGUCUUCCUCGACUGACUCGAGUAAAGCAAGCGCCGCCGCCGCCGGUUGAUCUCCCCUCCGUCUCUCUCGCUCCCAACCUCCCAUCACCCCACAAACCGAUUUUUCUCCCCGUUUCAUCUCCUUGAUCCCCCCCAAAUUCGUAACCACGGCAAAAAAUCAUACCUUGCCCUGCUGGUUCCUCCGCCGGCCGCUGCGUGCGUGCGUGUGUGUGCCGACCGAGGCUGAGGCGGCGCCAUGAGGUUGGAGAAGUGCUGGUUCUGCUCCUCCACCGUCUACCCGGGCCACGGCAUCCAGUUCGUCCGCAACGACGCCAAGGUCUUUCGCUUUUGCCGAUCAAAAUGCCACAAGAAUUUCAAGAUGAAGAGGAAUCCUCGCAAGGUUAAAUGGACGAAAGCAUACAGGCGCUUACGUGGCAAGGACAUGACACAGGAUUCCACGUUUGAGUUCGAGAGGAAGAGGAACAGACCAGAACGCUACGACCGCAAUGUCACUGAACAGACUCUCAAGGCUAUCCCGCUUAUUACAAAGAUUAGACAUGAACGGCAGAAGACGCAUAUUACGGAUAGGCAGAAACAGGGUAAGAGCAAGCAACGGCAGAAGGAUGCUAAGGAGGUGGAGCAGGAUAUUGGUAUGCUUCCCAAGAAGCUUCAAGAAACAAAGCUCAAGGUCGAAGUUUCUCAGCAGCAGACCGAAGACAAUCUUAUGGAGGAGUAAGGCAGAACCGUUUUGCCUGUGUGUUCAUGUGGUCCUUUCCCUGCAGCACUUUGUGUUUCGUCAGACUUAUCAUGUAAAAUCUGCUUUCAGACAGAGUGCAAGCAAAGUUUCGCAUGCUAUAUAAUCAUGUAGACGAUGGUCGAAGUUGUUUUCUUAUUGUUGUGAUCGUGAAAUUAACUUAGUCACUGUUGAGGUGUAUCAGCUAGUGUUGGUAAAAAAAUAUCCCAGCUUUGUCUGGAAGUUGUGUAGAAUCUUUGUUUGCUGUCUCGGUGUCAAAAUUCUAUGGUUGUUAUAAGUUUCAA